UGCCACCGUUAUUUCCUACGUACGUGAUCAUGAAUGGCCAAUGAUCUUGAAUUGCCAUGCAUUGCCAGUUGCGUUUUAGUGGUCGAAAUUCGCCCAUCCCCACUCCGUCUUAUGCAAUGCUUCAUCUUUCUGAUCCCACUAUAAUUGUGACAAUACACGAUGAUGAUAUGCAUCUUGUCUGAAACAGAUUCUUUAUUCCGGACGAUUACCAUAUUCUGUUAUGCAGUAUUCUCUUUUAUUUGUCCUCAUUUUGACACGAAAGUCACAUCGGCUUACAAUCUAGAAUUUUAUUCUUUGAUCUUUUCUGAAGAAAUUACAGAAGUUGCUGAGCGUAUGCUCUUGGAGAAUGAUACUCCUAUCGAAAACAAACAGCGUAUGUUAAAGGAAAUGUUUCAGCAACAAAAAGAGCAGCAGAAGCAUCAUGAGAUCUUUUGGAGCAACAAAAGUAGCAGCAAGAGCAAUGAAUGGUGAUGAUCGCAAUGAUGUAGAAAGUGGCAGUGGUCAAGAUGGCAGUGAUCGAGAUAGUGAUAGUCGUGGUGGCGGUUAUCAUGGUGGUUAUCAUGAUAGAAGAGGAGUUGGCCAAAUCUUGAAACGAAGACCGAAGCCGAACAACACGAUUAUCAAAAAAUUAUUAAUUUUGUAUGAAGUAAAUAUGCUGUUCUAUAAGAUAUAAUGCAAUAAAAAUGUUUUAUAAUGAA